AUGACGGACCGCGGCCUGCCCACACCGCCGUCGCCUGUGUUCUUCGCUUCAACUUCCUCGGCGAGCAGAAGAGAGGCUCCGAGGUCCCGCUCGAUCCAGCAUCUGCCGUCACCGGAGUCGCUGACCGAGAGGAUGUUUCUCAUGAGGACGGAGUACGACCGCGGGGUGAACACCUUCUCGCCGGAGGGGCGGCUGUUCCAGGUCGAGUAUGCCAUCGAGGCCAUCAAGUUGGGAUCCACUACGAUUGGGUUGAAGACAAAGGAUGGUAUUGUCCUUGCUGUUGAGAAACGUGUGACCUCUCCACUGCUGGAACCAAGCAGUGUGGAGAAAAUCAUGGAAAUUGAUGAGCACAUAGGCUGUGCCGUGAGUGGACUUAUUGCUGAUGCUAGAACGCUAGUGGAGCAUGCUCGUGUUGAGACUCAGAAUCAUAGGUUCUCAUAUGGGGAGCCAAUGACCGUAGAAUCUUCUACACAAGCUAUCUGUGACUUGGCUCUACGCUUUGGCGAAGGUGAUGAAGAGUCAAUGUCACGGCCAUUUGGAGUCUCCCUCCUAAUUGCUGGACAUGAUGAGAAUGGACCUAGCUUAUACUACACGGACCCAUCUGGAACCUUCUGGCAAUGCAAUGCAAAGGCAAUUGGAUCAGUUUUAGUUGUUAUGCUUUUAGGUGGAUUUGUUCUUUCUAGAGAAGACAUGAACAAAUGGUGGAUUUGGGGAUACUGGGCCUCUCCGAUGAUGUAUGCGCAAAAUGCUGUCUCAGUGAACGAGUUCUUGGGACAAAGUUGGCAGAAGGUCCUUCCAGGCUCGACUGAACCCCUUGGUGUGCUUAUCCUCAAGUCCCAUGGAAUAUUUCCAGAAACCAAGUGGUACUGGAUUGGCUUUGGUGCAUUGCUUGGAUUCACGUUUCUCUUCACGCUCUGCCUUGCAUACCUCAAGUCAUAUGGGCACUCGUAUCCGUCAGUGUCAGAAGAGACUAAAGGAGAAACAUGCAAAUUUGACUGGCCAGGAGUACUGACUGCCCUGAUGGGCAUCAGUGGCGCUGGCAUGACAACUCUGAUGGAUGUUCUGGCAGGAAGAAAGACAAAUGGAUACAUCAAGGGGAGUAUCAGCAUUUCUGGAUAUCCAAAGAAACAAGAAACAUUUGCACGUGUAUCAGGAUACUGUGAACAAGAUGAUAUCCACUCCCCACAUGUUACAGUGCAUGAGUCACUGCUGUUUUCGGCAUGGCUUCGACUGCCAGGAGACGUGAGUUCGAAGACAAGAAAGAUGUUUAUUGAGGAGGUGAUGGAGCUUGUGGAGCUCACACCAGUAAGAGAUGUUCUUGUUGGAUUACCUAGAGUUAAUGGCCUGUUGAUCGAGCAGAGGAAGAGGUUGACGAUUGCUGUAGAGCUUGUUGCAAACCCUUCAAUCAUUUUCAUGGACGAACCAACAUCAGGACUCGAUGCUCGUGCAGCAGCAAUUGUGAUGAGGACAGUGAGGAACACUGUUGAUACCGGUCGAACAGUCGUCUGCACAAUUCAUCAACCAAGCAUUGACAUAUUUGAAGCCUUUGAUGAGCUUUUACUGUUGAAGCAAGGUGGAGAACAGAUCUAUUUUGGUCCACUAGGCCGUCAUUCCUCAGAAAUGAUCAAGUAUUUUGAGGAAAUUGAAGGAAUCAGCAAAAUCGAAGAUGGCUAUAACCCAGCGACCUGGAUGCUGGAAGUGACAACAGUUCCACAAGAAUUUGUGCUAGGAGUUUAUUUUAGUGACAUGUACAAGAAUUCUGAACUCUGCCAGAGGAACAAGGUCUUGAUACAUGAACUGAGUACUCCACCAGCAGGUUCGAGCGAUCUCCACUUCUCCACCACGCACUCACGGUCUUUCUUCACACAAUGUCUGGCUUGCCUCUGGAAGCAGAACCUGUCCUACUGGAGGAACCCGCAGUACAAUGCUGUCCGGUUUUUCUUCACCACCGUUAUAGCUCUACUCUUCGGCACCAUCUUCUGGGGUAUUGGCACCAAAAGGGAGAAACCACAAGAUCUGUUCAACGCCAUGGGGUCGAUGUAUGCUGCUGUUCUAACCAUGGGUGUGCUGAACGCGGCAACAGUUCAGCCAGUGGUGUCUGUCGAGCGAAUGGCCUUCUACCGGGAAAGAGCUGCCGGCAUGUACUCAGCUUUCCCGUAUGCAUUUGGGCAGGUUUUAAUUGAGCUCCCCUACACAUUGGUUCAGACAUGCAUAUAUAGUGUCAUAGUGUAUGCCAUGAUGGGGUUCAAGUGGACAGUAGCUAAAUUCUUCUGGAACCUCUUCUUCAUGUACUUCACACUGUUGUAUUUCACAUUCUGUGGUAUGAUGGCGAUCGGGUUGACACAGAACCCCAACGUAGCAUCCAUUGUAUCCGCAGCGUUCCAUGCCACAUGGAACCUCUUCUCUGGUUUUCUGAUCCCUCAAACUAAAAUUCCUAUCUGGUGGAGAUGGUAUUAUUGGCUCUGCCCUGUCGCAUGGAGCUUGUACGGGAUGGUAGUGUCACAGUAUGGUGAUGACGUGGCGAAUUUUGUCAGGGACUACCUCGGCUUUGACCACAGCUUCCUCGGGGUGGUCGCCGCGGGGGUUGUGGCAUUUGGGCUCCUCUUUGCGCUGUUGUUCGGCGUUGCAAUAAUGAAGCUGAAUUUCCAAAGGAAAUGA